UAUGUUGCAGUACUCAACCCAGAGCAACUAAUUUCUUUGUUUUUUAUAUUUUCAUUCCUAAUGAAUGAAACGGAUUCAUGUACAGCUUACAGCACCAAUUUGUCAGUUGUGCAGGAGCUUAAUGACCAAGGACUUCGAGGGAAAUGAAUCAACUCUCAAAUGCCUUUUCAUUGCUGAAUUUGGAUGUUGCAGAUAGCCAUGACGAGGACCAAGCUGAGGUUACUAAUGGGGAUACUGAUAGAGUAACAGGAGAAGGUAAAGAGAAGGGGGGAGAUGGCAGCCCAGGAGAGAUGAAAGUACGUGAGCAUAAAACAAGGGUUCAGAAGCUAGAAUCAGUUGCAGGAGAGUGCAAAUUGCCGCUUGUAUGGAUUGACCUUGAGAUGACCGGUUUGAAUAUUGAAGUUGAUAGGAUAUUGGAGAUUGCUUGUAUAGUUACAAAUGGAAAUUUAACGAAAUCAAUGGAGGGUCCUGAUUUGGUUAUACAUCAAGCUAAGGAGUGUCUAGAUAAUAUGGCACCAUGGUGCCAAGAGCAUCAUGCAGCGAGCGGUUUGACUGAGAAGGUUCUUAAGAGUACAGUCACUGAAGAAGAAGCUGAAAAAGAGGUUGUUGAAUUUGUGAAGAGAAAUAUUGGCACAUAUACACCAUCACUAGCAGGAAAUUCAGUCUACGUGGAUUUUCAGUUUUUGAAGAAAUAUUUGCCGAAUCUGGCUAGUCUUUUUUCACAUGUACUUGUUGAUGUUAGCAGUGUCAAGGCAUUGUAUCUUCGUUGGUAUCCAAGAGAUGGGAAAAAGGCUCCUAAAAAAGAAAACAAACAUAGAGCUAUGGAUGACAUUAAAGAGAGCAUAGCAGAACUCAAAUACUACAAGGAACACAUAUUCAAAGCAUCCAAGUCCAAGUAAUGUAUUUCAACAGGUAACCAACUCAAGAAAGUUAAUAUUAUCUUCUGUUGCCUGGGAAAAAGUGGAUGUGUGUGUGAAGGGAAAUAAUAGAAUGAUACUUCUUGCCUUUCCAGUAUUAGAUGAAAUCAGACUUGGUCGCAAUUUCAGAGAUACUGAUUACACAAUGAAUUUUCGUGCACAGUUGGUUAGCAUGUAAAAGGAAUAUGCGAGUUGAUUCAAAUGUUGUCAGUUUACUUGGCUAAUGGUUAUUUUAAAUUUCUCCAUGAA